UUGUAGAUAGUUCAGAUGUAGCUGUUCCUCUGUUUUCUUUUCAUAUACUGAAGGGAGUGAAGGCGGAUCAGAAUAAAGUAUAUUUAAGGACUAAAAAGGAGGUUAAAAGAAAUCCUAACCCUGAGAAUUAGACCAUCUACUCGUAGACCAAGAGGUCUACGAUCCAAUCAACAAGAUGUUUUCUUGCAAAACAUGCACAUGAGAAAUAUGAUGUGAUUACAGCUCUUCCACAUCAUGGCCCUGGGAAUCGGGGGUGCUGAAGCAUAUCUACAUGUAUAUGGCUCAGCGGAAACGUUUGCAAACCAAAAAAGGAGUGAAUAAUGACAUGAAUGAGUGAUCUGUAGAGCUUUACUGUGACUCAUUUGAUGACAAUCUGUUCGGCAUGUUCGGUGGAUUGGCAUGAUUUAAAGAAUGCCACUCAUAAUAUACAAUUGAAAUCUACAAGGAAUCGCUACGGGCAAGAUGAAACUCGUAACAUUCACCAAGUUCACGUUACUGACUAUAGCAUUCACCUCUUUGACCAAUGCUGCAAAUAUCCUUGUUACUGUCUUAGUUCCAGAAUACACCAGUCAUCCUAAAAGCAUGUCCGCUAUAACAGGAGCAUUGAGCAGUCGCGGCCACAACGUCACCAUCCUGACCUGCUCAUUUGUAGGAACAGAAGGCUUCCCGAUGGACACCUACAGCACCGCCCUCCACUACCGCUUCGAUGUUCCUUCAGGAUACGAGGGCACCCUGGACACCAUGAUAGAGGAUUUCUUUCAGAAGGGUCCGUUAAGUAAUAUGAUAGAUAUAGGGAAACUGUACUCUUGGAUAAGGUUAGCUUGCCAAAGUCUCCUUGAGGACUCCGCUGUUCUGUUUCGGCUGAAGGAAUCACAUUUUGAUAUCCUGAUCGGGGAUGUCGUUGACGGAUGUGAUGCGAUCCUCAGUAGUUACCUAGGUAUACCGCACAUAGCUGUGACGACGACAACGAGAUAUUUUCUUUUUCACGAACGCCUCUACGGGAUUCCAGCGCCUUCAUCGUACGUACAAUAUUCACUCCCCUUAUCAGAUCAGAUGACGUUUCUGGAGCGGGUUGCCAGCUUCAUGGACCAUAACCUUGUGUCGAGAUUUUUAGGGUGGGUUCACUUCGGAGCUUUAGACGAGAUAAAGGACGCGCAUGGUAUUGCUCCAGGACGAAGCACCCAAGAGCUCGUAGGAGAUGCAGAGUUGUGGAUGUGCAUGACGAGCUUUGCCUUUGAUUUCCCUCACCCAACAGCACCCAACUGGGUAGCUAUCGGAAAUACGGUCGGUGUCCCAGCAAGACCGUUAGACAAGGUAAACUACAUGAUGAUUAUAUCUAUAGCUUAUGGCUAUACCCAUACUUUCUUUCCUGUACACGUGUGGGUGGAGCAAAUGCAAGUGUGGAUGAAAGUUUUCCAAAUUGAUAUGACUAGAAUUCAAACCUAUAUCGAUUGUGAUCUAUCAAGAAUUUUACACUCCAGGCCCUACACAUUCCUAAUGCAGUAUCGGACUCGACAUUGAUAUUCUGAAAUCGAAAUGAUAAUAAUACAUUCUCGUGACUUAACAAUUUCAUUUUUAGAUUUGCGCGAAGCGCUGAGGGAGCCGAAUAGAAAGUGACAGAGAAAGAUGAAAAUAUAGGAAGAAGAAGAAUGAAAAAGAAAAGAAGAAGAAGACGACAAAGAAGAAAAAGAUAAGAAGAAGAGCAAGAAGAAGACGAAGAAGAAA